AUGCUUCCAAGAAACCCAAUAGCGAGGGACACAGCAGAGCUUCCAUCUUCAUCAAGCCCUAGCAGCUCCGCCAAAACCAGACCCUCUUCUCGCAAACACAAACCCUCCAAAGAAAACGAUCCUCCUUCAGAUCACAACAUCAUCGUCCCUUACUCCCCCUCCCAUGUCAAAUCCAAGAGUCCGUUACCACCAACACCUCCUUCUUCCAAACCUCUCAAACGCAAACUUGCUCUCGACACCAUCGCCGCCGAAAAUUCACUCCCGGCAACUACCGAUUCCGACGUUAAGGUUAUUGUGAGGAUGAGGCCGUUGCGGAAGGAUAAGGAUCUUGUGAGGAUGAGGCCGUUGCGGAAGGAUAAGGAUAAGGAUCUUGGCUGGAGAUCAUCUAUACAGAAUGGAUUACAUGGAUCUUGUGCAGUGUUUUCUGAUCGUCUUGAAACAUAUAAGCAGAGUCACAUUGACAAAAAUGCGGAUAUUACAGUAUCAUGCGCUGCUGUUGGUGACAGCCGCGCAUCAGACUUUAGAUUAGUCAAAGUAGAUAUCAGAGGUCGCAUCAUCCAAUUUUCAGAAAAACCUAAGGGAGCUGAUCUUAAAGCAAUGCAAGUAGAUACCUCUCUUUUUGGAUUGUCACCUCAAGAUGCAAUAGCUUCGCCAUUUAUUGCAUCUAUGGGGGUUUACGUAUUCAAGACCGAUGUUUUACUCAAGCUUCUGAAAUGGAGGUAUCCCACAUCCAAUGACUUUGGAUCUGAAAUCAUUCCAGCAUCAGUGAAGGAAUACAAUGUCCAAGCGUUCUUUUUCGGAGACUAUUGGGAAGACAUUGGAACAAUACGAUCAUUUUACGAUGCUAACAUGGCUCUUACCGAAGAGAGCCCAAUGUUCAAAUUUUAUGAUCCCAAGACACCUAUUUUCACAUCUCCAAGAUUCUUACCACCAACGAAGAUUGAUAAAUGCAGGAUUGUGGAUGCAAUAAUCUCACAUGGCUGUUUCCUGAGAGAAUGUAGUGUGCAACACUCCAUUGUGGGUGAACGUUCGCGUUUGGAUUAUGGCGUUGAGCUCAAGGACACUAUAAUGAUGGGAGCAGACUAUUACCAAACCGAAUCUGAAAUUGCUUCUGAGCUAGCAGAGGGAAAGGUUCCGAUUGGGAUUGGAAGGAACAGCAAAACCAGGUAAUCUUACUUGCAGUAACCACAUUUCAAUUGAACUCAUUAUGUUGGGUAUUCAUUUGAUAUUUGUUGUUUCUUGUCUUUGUUGAAGGAAGUGUAUAAUAGACAAGAAUGCUAGGAUUGGGAAAGAUGUCAUCAUCAUGAACAAAGAUGGUGUUCAAGAAGCAGAUAGACCUCGGGAUGGUUUUUACAUCCGAUCAGGAAUCACAAUCGUGAUGGAGAAGGCAACAAUAGAGGAUGGCACUAUCAUAUGACUUAUAGAGUAUUCCAACCAGCU